CUUCAGGGGCGGAACUACGACCACUACGGCAUCUACCACACCAGCCCGACGCUAGGCAGCCUUACGAAGCCGGUGGUGCUGUGGACGCAGCAGGACGUGUGCAAAUGGCUGAAGAAGCAUUGCCCGCACAACUAUCUCAUCUACGUGGAGGCCUUUUCCCAUCACGCCAUCACAGGACGGGCGCUCUUACGGUUAAACGCGGAGAAGCUGCAGCGCAUGGGGAUUAUCCACGAGUCUCAGCGGCAGGAAGUCCUCCAGCAGGUGCUUCAGCUGCAGGUGCGGGAAGAGGUCCGCAACCUUCAGCUCCUCAGUCAAGCUUCUUAUGGAAACGUCUCGUAACCCCUCCACCUGUCUGGCAGCAGACUGGCGCAACACUGUGACCUGAAAACAUCUCUGGGACAAUGGACGGUG